AUGGACGACAGGAUCAAGGUCCGGGUUUUGCGCGGGCUCUCUUCACGCGUUGUUGCAGAGAUGGAGAUGGAUAAACGUGCUCUCGUUUUCGACCUCAUGAUGGCGAUCAAGCGGGAGAUAGGUUUGCACUACAGACGCCAACGCCUUCUCUACGACCAGCAGCCUUUAGGUGAGGCUCAGAUACUCGGCGAGGCCCUUUCGGGCCCGGAGGCUGAGGUGUCCCUGGUACAUGUCGACCACCGCAAGUUGGAGCUAAUUUCAGACCGUGACACUCUGCAAGUAAUGUUGAAAUCGGAUGGGGAUGCCCUCGCCUUCGCGACGAAGGACCUCCGAUCAGAGCGGGAUAUGGUGCUGGCCGCCGUGACUCAGCGUGGCACUGCCCUGCGCCACGCUCGUGGAGAGCUGACGAACGAUGAGGAGAUAGUGGAGAGGGCCGUAGCCAACGACGCCAUGGCGUUCGGCUAUGCCGGGAAGGUCACGCGGAAAGCCAAAGACCUGGUCCGGAAGGUUCUGGAAGCAGACUGCGAGAUGCUGCGCUACGUCCAUACGGAUUUUCUGAACGAUCCAAAGUUUCUCAUGCAGUACAUCGAGCGGCAAGGUCUCUUGUUGAAGUACGCCAAACGGCAGACCAAAGAGCUAGCCUUGGCCGCUGUGGCGCAGAACGGCUUGGCCCUGGAGUUCUGCAAGAGACCCGACCUCUCCAUCGUGGAAACUGCUGUGGCCCAGAAUGGCCAUGCCCUCCGCUUUGCCAAAAAAGAGUUCGCGACAAACCUCACAGUCGUCCUUGCAGCUGUUGGGCAGAACAUCCAUGCCCUGAAGCACGUCGUCGACAAGGACCUGGUGUGCGAUGCCGUCCGAGAAUAUCCGGAAGCCCUCAAGUUUGCCAGGUCCGAGUACCUCGCCGAUGCUGAAGUGGUGUCUGCUGCCUUUGACGCCGACAAGUCCAGCCUGAGGUAUGCCAGCAAGCCUGCUGUGCUUGAGAUGAUCUCCCGCUAUCCAGACGACGACCUUUUGCAAUACGCAAAAGACAGCAUCCGAGUCGAUGCAGACGUCGUGGCCGCCGUGGAUUCUAAAGGCGCCUGCGUUGAUGCAGACGUCCUGGCCGCCGUUCAGGCGUAA